AUGAUCUCCACAUCAGCACUCACAGCCUCGCGCGCAGCAGCCCGACCGAUCGCCGUGGCUCGCCGGGGGAUCUCAGUCUGGGGAAGCGUUGUCGCUGGACCUCCUGAUCCGAUCUUGGGUGUGACCGAGAAGUUCAAGGCGGACAAGUCGCCAAAGAAGAUCAACCUCGGUGUCGGUGCCUACCGUGACGGUAAUGGAAAGCCAUACGUCCUGCCGACCGUAAAGAAGGCGGAGCAGAAGCUUUUCGAGGCCAAGAUGGACAAGGAGUACUUGCCUAUCACUGGUCUUGGAUCGUUCACCAAGCUCGCUGCUGAGCUGGCGUACGGCAAGGACUCCAAGCCGCUCGUCGAGGAUAGGCUGGCGAUCUCACAGUCGAUCUCCGGAACCGGUGCUCUCCGUAUUGCUAUGGCCUUCCUUGGCAAGUUCCACGAGACUUCCAAGACCAUCUACCUCCCUACGCCCACAUGGGGAAACCACAUCCCAAUCGCCAAGGACUCGGGUCUUACUGUCAAGCACUAUAAGUACUUCGACAAAGACACGGUCGGCCUUGACUUUGAGGGCAUGAAGGCCGACAUCAAGUCUGCGCCGGACGGAUCGAUUGUGUUGCUGCACGCUUGCGCACAUAACCCCACCGGUGUUGACCCUACCGAGGCCCAAUGGCGCGAGCUUUCCGACCUCGUCAAGGAGAAGAAGCACUUUGCGUUCUUCGACAUGGCGUACCAGGGCUUCGCUUCCGGUGACAUCUUGAAGGAUGCCUACGCCGUGCGAUACUUUGUUGAGCAGGGCCACCAGAUCCUGCUCUGCCAGUCCUUCGCCAAGAACAUGGGUCUUUACGGUGAACGUGUCGGUGCCGUGUCCUUCGUCUGCGACUCUCCAGAAGAGAAGGCCAAGGUCGACUCGCAGCUCAAGAUCAUUGUCCGGCCGAUGUACUCCAACCCGCCCGUUCACGGUGCGCGUCUCGUGAGCGAGAUCCUGGGCAACCAGGAGCUGUACAACGAGUGGCUCGUCGAGGUUAAGGGCAUGGCCGACCGGAUCAUCGAUAUGCGCACCAAGCUGUACGACACGCUCGUCAGGCUCGAGACUCCCGGAGAGUGGAAGCACAUCAAGUCCCAGAUUGGAAUGUUCUCCUUCACCGGCCUCAAGCCCGAGCAGGUCGAGAAGCUCGCAGAGAAGGCUAGCAUCUACCUGACGAAGGAUGGGCGGAUCAGCAUGGCGGGUCUCAACGACGGGAAUGUAGAGUACUUUGCGGAGAGCGUCAGCAAGGCCGUCAAGGGCACUUUGUAG